CCGGAAGUGGGUCGGGAGACAGGGCCAUUAGAGAAUUGCCGCAGCGUGACUUGAUCAGGAGCACCCUUCAUCACUUGGAUACCGGAGAAUCCCUCUGAGCGUGAAGUCACGUGACAUCCCACGUCACUGUGUCUUUUCCUGACCUGGGAGAGAAGGAAAGGAGACUGAGCACAUGGACUGGAGAUGGGAAGGGAGCGCUCAGAAAACAGAGUCACCAGUGCCGCCGGAGCGACGAGUCGUCCUCGAGGACACCGGCGAGGAUGACAUCUCCGAGAGCCUCCAGCUUCUACAGAUUGACGUGGAAUGUGAGCAUCGGGAGAAAGAGACCCAACACCCGGGCAGUGCCGUGUGGUGCUCGAAAAAUGUCCAAAGAAAACAGCGACACUGGGAAAAGAUAGUUGCAGCGAAGAAGAGCAAAAGGAAACAAGAGAAAGAAAGAAGAAAAGCGAACCGUGUAGAAAAUUCAGGUAACACUGAAUCAGGCCUCUGCCCCCAGCACAGCAAGCGUUUUCUAAGAUCCUUAACCAAGGAGAAACUUUUGGAAGCCAGACACUCAGGACCAAGACUCUGCAUCGAUUUGAGUAUGACUCACCACAUGUCUAAGAAGGAACUAAGCAGACUGGCUGGGCAGAUCCGGAGGCUGUAUGGUUCGAACAAGAAAGCCAGCAGGCCUUUCUGGAUCUGCCUCACAGGGUUCGGGACAGACAGCCCCCUGUAUGAAGAGUGUCUGAGGAUGAACGACGGGUUUUCCAGUUACCUGCUGGACGUGACAGAAGAAGACUGCUUUAGUCUGUUCCCCCUGGAGGCCCUCGUGUACCUGACUCCGGACUCGGAAUGCGCUCUUGAAGAUGUUGAUCUAAACAAAGUUUACAUCCUCGGCGGACUUGUGGACGAAAGUAUUCAGAAGAAGGUGACAUUUCAAAAGGCCCAAGAACACUCUGUCAAGACAGCCCGCUUGCCAAUCCAGGAAUAUAUGGUCAGACGCCAGAAUGGGAAAAACUAUCAUUCAGAGAUACUGACCAUCAACCAAGUAUUUGAUAUCCUGUCCACUUACUUUGAGACUCAAAACUGGCCUGAAGCGUUGAAGAGAGGAGUUUCUUCCAGAAGAGGCUAUGUUCUUCAGGACCCAGUGGAAUGA